AUGCCUGAGUUAGGUAUGAAAUUCUCUGAUCGAGAUGAACUGAAACAUAUGUUAACAAAUUAUGCUGUGUCUAAGGGUUAUUCAUUGUGGUAUGAAAAAAAUGAGGCAAAAGCAUUGUUAGUAAGGUGCAGUAAAAAUGAAAAAUGGAAGCCAUCUUGCCCUUUUAGACUAUGGGCUAGUCCCAUGAACAAGGAAAAUUCAUUCCAGAUCAAGUCACUAAUUGAUAAACAUAAUUGUGCUAGACAACAAAAAUUGGGUUGUCUUGUUACGUAUAAGUGGAUUGGAAAAAUGUUAAUACCUGACAUUUUGGAAAGGCCUAAGUUUAGCUAUAGGAAAAUGGCAGAAGUGGUUAGGAAAGACUAUGGUCUCAAGUUAUUGAGGGUUAAUCCUGGGUCAACAGUCUUGAUCGAGACAAAUCAUACGCCUGAUGCUACACAUUACUUCAAAAGGAUGUAUAUUUUCCUGAAGUCUAUCAAGGAUGGCUGGAUUGAAGGAUGUAGAAGGGUUAUCAGUGUUGAUGGCUGUUUUUUGAAGGGUAUUUGCAGAUGUGAGUUGUUAACAGCCGUUGGUAGGGACGCAAACAACCAAAUGUAUCCUCUAGCAUGGGCUGUUGUGCCAGUUGAAAGCAAGGAAACAUGGAUGUGGUUCAUUGAUCUUCUACUUGAGGACAUUGAGAUGGGAGAUGGUAGGGGUCUUACAAUUAUUUCAGACCAACACAAGGGUUUAAUGGAGGCUGUUAAGGAAAGGUCACCAUCAUGUGAGCAUAGGAAUUGUGCCCGACACAUCUAUGCCAACUUUAAGAAGAAGGGGUUCACGGGUGUUGAGUUUAGGAGGUUAUUUUGGAGGGCUGAAAAGGCUACAACCGAUUCUAAUUUCCGAUCAUACAUGAGGGAAAUUCGUACAAUGUCCACAGAAGCUUAUGAGCACCUGAUAGAAAGAGACCCAAAUACAUGGUGCAGAGCAUUCUUUGAACCUCAGACUUGUUGUGAUGCCGUGGAAAACGGUAUAUCUGAAUCUUUCAAUGCAGCAAUUGUAGAGGCCCGGAAGAAACCAAUAAUAACAAUGCUGGAAGAAAUCAGAUUGUACGUGAUGGAGAGGAUGUACAAUCAAAAGAUUAAGGGGCAUAAGUGGGACAUGGAAAUCUGCCCCUCUAUUAGAAAGAGGAUUGAGAAGAUGAAAGAAGAACAAAGGUACUGGGAUGUUAUUCCAAGUGGCGAGGAAGAAUAUGAAGUGAAAUUAGCCCAUGAAGUUUAUGUUGUUCACCUUGAAAGCAAAACUUGUGGUUGCAGAGCCUGGCAACUCAGUGAGGACUAUGUAGCCGUAUGGUUUAAAACAAGCAUGUUUGGAAGUUGCUAUAGGUAUCCAGUCAAACCAAUAAAUGGAGCUAACAUGUGGCCUGAUGCUCUAUUUGAUCCCAUAUUACCACCUCGGCGUAGGAGAAUGCCAGGAAGGCCUAAAGUAAACAGAAUGAAAUGUCCUACAGAAAAUGAAGGAAAGCAUAAAAUUAACAAGACAGGGAUGUCCAUCUCAAGAUGUAGUAAUUGUCAUCAAGAAGGACACAACAAGAGGCGAUGUCCAUUGCUCAAAGAAGCAAAUAAAGCAACUGUUAGUGAAGGGGAUGUUGAAGAAGGGGUUAGUCAAGAUGGGAUUAGUGAAGAUGGGGUCAAUGAAGAUGGGGUUAGUGAAGAUGGAAUUGGUGAAGAAGAGGCUGUUGAAGAAGGCGAUAUUGAAGACCACCAGGAGGAUGAAAUUGAACAACAAGAGGAUGAGAUUGACCAUCAAGAAAAUCAUCACCAUCAGCAUCAACCUGUUUUUUUUCAGCAUUUUGUUGCGAACAAAAGGCGAUUACCUUCUAAGAGGAUCAUGAAACUGAAGUUAAGGAAGAAGGUGGUAACAAAAGAUGGAAGUGGGGAAAGUACUGAAAAUCCAGUUACUAUAAACUACGAUAAGUGUGUUCUAUUAGGAUUAUGUCAGAUACUUUGA